GCAAAAUAGUUCCAAUUUCCUUAUAAAGAACUCGUUAUAUCCUGAUCCGGUAAUCCCAGAGAAACAUUUUUAAUACCGGAUCAAAGUUGUUCUUCCAUCCCCUAUUAAAACUAUCACAAAUUGAUCAAUCGAGGAAUAGAGAGAGAAAAAUCGAAUCAAAAACAGUGGAAGAUGAAGUUUACAGACUCACCGGUAAUCGAAUUGAAGGUUCGAGAUAAAACCCUAGCAAUCGAACAAGACAAUGGUUCAAUGCACGUUGGCACUUCAGUGUGGCCGUGUUCACUCGUUCUCGUCAAAUUUCUUGAGCGCUGGUUAUUAUCCAACUCUUCUUCUUCGUCCUCUUCUUCUUCUUCCACAACUCCAAAACCCUACACCCAUCUUCUCAACUUCUCCGGUAAGAAAGCGAUUGAAUUAGGUUGUGGAUGUGGGCCAGCUGGAAUGGGCUUAUUUUUGCUGGGCUUAGAAAAUAUCAUCCUCACUGAUAUCACUCCAGUUAUGCCUGCUCUGAAACGAAACCUCAAAAGAAACAAACCUGUUCUUGGGAAAAACCUUAAAAUUUCUCAACUUUAUUGGAACAAUCUUGAUCAAAUCAAAACCUUAAAUCCUCCUUUUGAUUUUGUAAUUGCUGCUGAUGUUGUUUACAUUGAAGAAUCUGUUGGGCAUCUUGUUUCUGCAAUGGAAUCUCUUGUUUCUGAUACUGGUUUUGUUUUGUUAGGUUAUCAAAUUAGGUCACCUGAAGCUCAUAAAUUGUUUUGGGAAUUAUGUGAAAAUGUUUUUGUUAUCGAGAAAGUUCCUCAUGACGAUUUGCAUCCAGAGUAUGCUUAUGAAGAAGCUGAUGUUUAUGUAAUGAAGAAGAAGAUGGCGAAUUGAGGAAGAUAGUAAAGUGAUUUCAGACUUGUGGCCAUCCUACAAUGUACAAGAGUUCCUUACCUAACAUGACUUCUCGAUUCAUUAAAUAUCGACUGCUUGAUAUGUCUGACCUCCCAA